AUGCCUAGCUUGGUAGUACCAGGGAUAAUGGAAAGGAACGGCGGUUUCGGCGAUUUAGGCUGUUUCGGUGGGAGCGGCAAAGAGAGAGCGCUGCUCGAGGAUGACCGGGCGCUGCAGCUCGCCCUGGACCAGCUCUGCCUGCUGGGGCUAGGCGAGCCUUCCUCCUCCUCCUCCUCCUCGGCCGUGGUGCUCGUCGAGGACAGCAACAACAACAACAACAACCCGCCGCCGCCGCCGCCGCAGCAGCCGCCGCCGCCGCCGCAGCAGCCGCCGCCACCGCCGCCGCCGCCGCCGCCGCCGCAGCAGCCGCCGCCGCCGCCCCGCGCGCCGCCGGGGACCGCCCCGCCGGGGGGGGGUCCGCAAACUUCCCCCCCUCCCACCCGCAAACUUGCCCCGCCGCCGCCGCCCUUUGUUACCCCCCACUCUCCGCCGCCCCCGCCGCCUCCCGCCGCCGGCCGGGGGACAAAGCGGGAGGCGGCGGCGGCGCCGGGGCCCGGGCUGCUCGGGGGGGGCGUGGAGGGGGUGUGCGCCGCUUCCCGGCCGGGGGGGUCCAUAGGAAUGUGCGCGCCCGGCGGCACCGACCCCCCCUCCGUGCCGCCGCUUGGCCGCGAAAUGGUUCAUCCCAUUCCUCUGGGCUGCAAGAUCAAGGCGCUGCGGGCCAAGACCAACACGUACAUCAAGACGCCGGUGCGGGGCGAGGAGCCGGUCUUCAUGGUGACGGGGCGGCGGGAGGACGUGGCCAUGGCCCGGCGGGAGAUCAUCUCCGCGGCCGAGCACUUCUCCAUGAUCCGCGCGUCGCGCAACAAGGCCGGCACCACCUUCGGCAGCGCGCCCACCUUGCCGGGCCAGGUGACCAUCCGCGUGCGGGUGCCCUACCGCGUGGUGGGCCUGGUGGUGGGCCCCAAGGGAGCCACCAUCAAGCGCAUCCAGCAGCAGACCAACACCUACAUCAUCACGCCCAGCCGGGACCGGGACCCCGUGUUCGAGAUCACCGGGGCGCCGGGCAACGUGGAGCGCGCGCGCGAGGAGAUCGAGACCCACAUCGCCGUGCGGACGGGCAAGAUCCUGGAGUACAACAACGAGAACGACUUCCUGUCCAGCAGCCCCGACUCCGGCAUGGAGAACCGCUACUCGGAGGCCUGGCGGGUGCACACGCCGGCGCCGGGCUGCAAGCCCCUCUCCACCUUCCGGCAGAACAGCCUGGGCUGCAUCGGCGACUGCUCCGUGGAGCCCGUCUACGAGACGCCGCGCCUCAACGACCAAAACGACUUCAACUACGGUUACCUCUUCCCCAACUACGGCGUCAACAAGCAAGAUCUCUACUACGGCGUGCCCGAGUCGGGGGCGCCCAUGUGGGCCGGCCAGGAGAACACCAACCCCGUGUCCGUGCUCUUCUCCAAGGGGCAGCGCUCCGGCAGCGCCGCCUGCGGCCACAACCUCUUCUGCAUGGAGUGCGCCGUGCGCAUCUGCGAGAGGACUGAGCCCGAGUGCCCCGUGUGCCACGCCGCCGCCACGCAGGCCAUCCGGAUAUUCUCCUAA